GUACUGGAAAGUCAGUCUUGCUCCGGACUAUCAUCAAGAGUAUGCGCAAGAAAUAUUUCAAGAGCUCUGACGCUGUUGCGGUCACAGCAUCUACAGGCAUCGCUGCGUGCAACAUUGGAGGCAUUACCUUACAUUCUUUUGGGGGCGUGGGUCUCGGCACGGAAACUGCACCCGAGCUUGCUGGUAAAGUCAGAAAGAACCCCAAAGCCAACACCCGUUGGAUCAGGACAAAAGUGCUGAUCAUUGAUGAGAAAGGAGACUUUUUUGACAAAUUAGAGCAAGUGGCUCGACUUGUUCGCAAAAGACCUGAACCAUUUGGAGGCAUCCAGGCAAGUUGUAUUUCGGCCAUCACUCCUGUUGGGCAAGUCAAGUUUGCUUUCCACGCGAACACUUGGAAGGAAUGUGUAGACCAUACAUUUAAUCUCACAAGAGUCUUUCGUCAGAAAGAUCAAGACUUUGUUGAAAUGCUAAACGAAAUGCGUUUCGGGCGAUUGUCGCAAAAAUCUAUUCAGGCCUUCAUGGCGAGAUCGAGACCUCUACCCAACGACGGCAUCGAGCCUACGGAACUUUUCCCUCGUCGAGAAGAUGUUGAUAGGGCAAAUAAAGAGCGCUUGGACAGGUUGGAGGGAGAAUCUUAUACCUAUAACGCGCAAGAUGGUGGUCUUGCAGAUGAAAGAUCAAGGAAUACCAUGCUGAACAACUUUAUGGCGCCUAAAUCCUUGCUACUUAAAGUGAACGCCCAG